CAGCCUUGCCAAGAACAGUUCUAUUGCAUGAAUCCAAAUUUCUGUUGGUGCCAGUUAUUUCAAGAUCUAGACUGUUGUGAACGGACGGAUUAUUUAUAUGAUGGAGGAUAUAACGUGAAGUGAAAUGGGAAACGCAGAGAGUGUGGAUGACGGGGGGUAUGGGAACCAGAUAUCCCCCGGGGUCAGUCGACAGAGCACCCAGAUCAAUGUUCUGCCGGUGGAGGAAGGGAUGGAGAUGCGGAACUUCCGGGACAACCGCCCAAUGUCGCCCUCCGUCAGUCGUCAGACGUUCGCUGACAGAGCCUGGAAUGAUCGGAACGGUGGGGACCCUCCCCCCGCCGACAUGGCUAAUGGAGCGACGCCUAAAAGAAAGGCGCAUAAUCCUCCAGGGAUCAACACAAAGAAAGUUAAAGAAAAACUGGAGAAAGUUAUGGACUAUAUGAAAGCCAAACGUUCUAACACGGAUAUAUCUGUUCCCGCGUCUGCUAGAGACGUAGCGUACGAACUGGACGAGACGGUAGAUCCGGGGGAGUACGUCAGAGACAGUACAAAUAAUAUCGUCAAAAAGUCCCAGCAGCUAUUCCCAGAUGAGAAAUAUAAUGUAAGUCAGAGAGAGAGAGAGAGAGAGAGAGAGAGAAUAAUAUCAUCAAAAAGUCCCAGCAGCUAUUCCCAGAGGAGAAAUAUAAUACGAGCUGAUCGCCAACCAGGAGAUCAGAAUGAUCGCAUCUGCUCCUGCCACUUUAAGGAUGGUAAGAAGGAGGGGGACCCUGCAUAUUUUGCAUGGAAUGAAGGAAAGGCCAUGGAUUUCUCUGAUCCUGAAUGUACAAAAAGGAGGAAAAAACUCAAAAGUGAGGAGUCCCUGUCAUCUUCACAGAUGGACCAGUUGCAGAUUCCACAAGCACCAAAAUGUCAAGAUCAAGAAAAAUUGAUAUCAGAGCACAACUACUCAGUAUCCUGCACAUUUAACUGUACUCAAGAAAUGCAGCGCCUCUCAACAGAAAUACAACUGGAAAAGGAAUUGCUUGCCCUAAAAAUAGAGUCUAGGUCUCUGCCAAAAUCUUUUGAGGAUUUUUCCUCUGCUAGAGCAUCCAUGGAUGCAAUUGAAACAAUCCAGGACAUCCCAACACAUAUGGAUAAUCAGGCCAUGGCCUACACCGGGCACAUUGCUCGUAGAGCAAUGCUCAGCUAUAGCGACGGUGAGCAACAGAAAAUGCUGCUUCUUCACCGCCAAAUUGAGUUUACGAGUAAAAGUAUGAAUAGAGAGGUUCCUGCGAUACAGUUCGCCACUAUGAAAUUCCACCGGAAGUGCGAGUUUUCCCAUACUCACUUUGUCUACACACGUGACGAGUCGCUUCUUCCUGACAUGCCGCCACCCCACCCCCCGUACACCCGGAAGUCCGAAAUCUUCGAACCAAGGCAGUACAAGAAAGUGGACAAGAGAGCCUUGAAGGUUCCUAAAACUUUCCUGAACAAGUUGCUCUGUGAACUGGUUGGUCACCUGACCGACAACUACAGAAGUGACAUCGCCAAACUUCGAGCACUCUACGUUUGGCUGACUUCUCAAAAUCUCCGGAAACUUAAGCUUCCGCUCAAACCAGCUCGAGAAGGACACGUUUGGCAUUACCUGGAAAAAAUUAAGAAAAAGAAAGGAAACUACGCACAACUUUUCAGUCAUCUUUGCAAUUUGGCUGGUCUCCCUUGCGUUGUAAUACAUGGUUACCUAAAAGGUAGUACAUACGAGAUAGGACAGACUCUGAACAAGGAAUCUCACUAUGGCGAGUGGAAUGCUGUUCUGGUGGACAACAACUGGCGUCUCAUUAACGCGUAUUGGGGUGCAUGCGCAAUAGAGGGCGACAGUGAUAGUGACAUGACUACCUAUCGUCUAGAUGAGAACUUCUUCAUGCCUGACCCUGAUCAACUCGCAUAUACACAUUUUCCAGAGGAACAAAAAUGGCAGUUGAUGGAACCCUCCAUGUCCAUGUUUAGCUUCGAAAGACGUGCAUUCUUGAAGGAACGAUUCUUUGAAUUGGACAUGCGAGUUUUAUCACACCCAGAUUGUGAAUUUAAAGUACACAAUGGGGAAGAUGAAAUCCUGUUUGGAAUGAACGGAGAAAGAGCACCACAUCUUAACUUCAUAUGUUUGAUUUACCUGAAAGAAGAAAAAGACUAUCGUCUUCUUUACGAUGAUGAGAACCGGUAUCAACACGAUUUUCUGUACAAACCAAAUGAGGAUUCUUUAUCAGUAAGAAUACGUUUUCCUAAGCGAGGUACAUAUCGUGUUGAAAUAGUUGGCAAAGACACAACUAUACAGGAUGAGAACUACGAGUACGACUGGAUUGCUAUUUAUAAAGCUACCGUUGUCACAGGACCAAAGAAAUACGCAGCCUUCCCCAAAGCUGCAGAUGUUGGCUGGGGAAAUAGCCCGCUUUUACAAGGGCUGGGGCUUACCUCAGCAAACUUUGAACAAAACAGAGCCGUAGUUACUGCAGAGGAAGGAAUGUGCACAAUUGCCUUUGAUAUCAACACACCAGAGGCGGAGGAUUUAUCACUAUCUUAUAAGAUGAUAAGCGUCAAUUCUGGACUUGAAGAUGUGGCGAUGGAAUCUGAUGCAUUUGUCAAGGAGGAUGGAAAGUUCCAAUGUUAUAUUAACAUACCACCGGGUGACGAAGGUGCGUUCUGUUUGUUUGCACAAGUGGACGACCCGGAAUAUGGCUCUAUUGAAAAGAACAUUUGCAAUUACCUCAUCUUAUCAACUCCACUGAAAGAACUUGAUCAACAGGAGAAGAAGGAGGUAAAGGUGGUGGAAGAUGUGCUCGACGAUGCUAUUCAUUUUAAGCAACUUGAAAUGCUUGAACGUGCGGUUGAUUUGGUUGAAACAAAGAGAGUUGGUCGUCAUAUGUAUAUGAAAUUGGAGGAAGCGAAGGAAAACAUAGAACGUCUGAAAAACAUCUCCAAAAUGAUGCACAAGGUUUUGGCUUUGGAUCAGAGGACCAUUGCUGAAAUCCGCUGUUACUCCAACCCAUCUCCUGAGAUUCAUGCUGUGAUGAAGGCAACACUGUUGCUAUUGGGACAUUUCGAAGAAGAAACACGGGAUUGGAAAAACGUCCAAGCUAUUCUCGGUAAAACAGGCCGUGCAUCACUGAAGAGGAAGAUCAAUAUGUUUGAUAUUAAUCACUGUAAGUUAGACAUAGCUCUUGGAGCCCAGAAACUUCUUGGUGACAUGAAGCUGGGAGAUAUAGUGAAUCAAAGCUGUGGAGCAGCAACGUUCUAUGAGUGGGUUCAUUUUACCGCUGAGGAAGUUUCUCAUAGAAGGCGAGAUGAAAUGAUGCAAGCUGUACCUAUAGUGACGCUAGCAGCCACACGUUUGAAAGCAAAAACCAAAAAUUUGGAUAAAGUGCGGGAAGCGGCAAAUUCUGAUCUUGAAAAUGCAGUUUAUCUCAAACGAGACACAAUUUCCCAAGAACCCCAUGGGUACCAGAAUAGCUUUGCCACCAAUAUGCCAGUAUUUAAAGAGGUUAACGAAGAACAGCCAGAGGAACCAGACCUUCCAAGUCCUUUUAGUAAAACUCUAAAGAAUCUGAAGAAGAAAACUGAUCCCAAACCAGAAGUAGAAAAUGUAGGAGCAGUUGGUGGAGAGGACUAUGUGAUGAUAUCGGACGAAACAGACAUUUCAAAACAAAAAGUUGAGGCUGUUGUUGAACCUCCAAAAAAUAACACAUCCAAAUUACCCGGAAAGGGACCAAACAAACCAGUCAACACAAAACCAGCAGGGAAUGUUAAAAGUGGUCAGGAAUCCAAUACAAACGCACCCCAGAAAGCCACACCUACAAAUAAGGGUACAAAUUCAUCAUCUCUUCCACCUCCAAAAUAUGACCGUUUGGUGGAAGAAGUAGGGGGACUGGAUAAACCUCACCCCGCGUUUGCUAAGGAAAUGGAGAAGCUUCCCGAUUCCAGACCUCCUGAACCCCCUGAUGAAGACUCUCUUCUUCCUGGAGGUGAAGAAGAUGACACGUACAUGAAAAUGUGGCUAGCAAGGAGCUAAAAGGCUUGAUGGAGGAGUCAUGACAACAGAAAUCAUUGAAGAAAUGAAGAAAAGAUUCACAGACGAUGUUGUCAACACCACCAUUGCUCGAACCCGGGCUUCUAGAUUGUCUUACACACGACAGAGAACUUCGUUGUAUAAUGAACUCUGAUUUAUUUCU